GAGCGAGAGAAAAUCCUUUUCAGUCAAACUCCACUAUAUAAAGGCAGAACUUUGUCUUGAUCCUGCUCCUCGCAGCAGCAGCAGCAGCAGCAGCAGCAGCGACAUGUUGAACAUUAGUGAGCUUCCUCUGCAGCUCCUGCCCUCCAGGGCCUCAGACCGUCUCCUGCAGCCGUUCUGGGACUAUUUGCUUUUUCACCACAGGCCUCUCAUCUCGUCACCUUUUUUUCCCGUCCUGCUCGCCUUCUCCAGCUAUUUCUUCUUCAGUAUACCUUUUGCUGCCCUGGACCUUCUGGGAGAAAGAGUGCAUUUAUUCUAUCAGUACAAGAUCCAGCCGGACAGGCAGCCAACAGUGGGAAUGAUGGCUAAGAGCUUCUUGACGGCGCUGUAUAACCACGUGUUCUUUGUCCUGCCAACUGUCAUAAUUGCCAUGUUCAUCCUGCCUACACCAACACUGCCACAGGAUGCUCCUACUCUAUAUCAAGUAUUCACUGAGGGACUGGCUGUGCUUCUCCUCUUUGACACUCAGUACUACAUUUGGCACGUCAUACAUCACAAACAUCCACAGCUUUACCGGUGGAUCCACGCAAUCCACCAUGAAUACAUGGCACCUUUCUCCUGGUCGACCGAGCAGCUCAGCAUCCCAGAACUCAUGACUGUUGGAUUCUGGAGCAACCAGGAUCCAGUUCUUUUGAAGUGCCACCCACUGAGCACAUGGUGUAUCACAGUUUUCAGUAUCUGGAUGUCUGUGGAGGACCACAUAGGCUAUGACCUGCCGUGGACUCUCAACCACCUGGUGCCUUUUGGCUUGCUGGGUGGUGCGCCGGCUCAUGACAUGCACCACCAGAAGCCAAGCAGUAACUACGCUCCUUUCUUCAGCCACUGGGACAGAAUCUUUGGCACUGCGGUUCCCCUGAAGAAAAAAACCAUAAGAUGAUAAUAGCAAGCGAAUGCAAUUGUGUAAAUACUGCAUGUUGAGUUUUUUUCUUCAUAGGAUGGCAUUACAGUUAUUUUAGCAGUCACAUUCUUUCCUUUUGUAAAAUCCAUUGUUUUGCUCUCUUCAGUAACUACUGACUGUAAUUUUACAGCACUUGCUGUGUCCUUUCUGCUCCUUGAGGUUUUUUGUAGGCUAUUGGACUAACUCAGCAAUAUACAAGUUUUAUAUAUAUAUUUCCAUGAAUUUUCAUUCUAUUUUAAUUUACAAAAUACUCUCCCACUGUUGUUUCUGUUGGUGUUGUUUGGAAUAAAAGUCAUUUAAAAAGUU